AUGGUUGCAGCAGAUAUGGAAGUAAAAGAUGACUGUCCCUUCGAGAGCAGGUGUCCAGAUGGCUGUCCUUGUCCAGGAUACGAGUGCGUUGAAGAUAUACCGGACUUUUCUUUGGGUGUUCUCGAAAAACUAAAUGGGGAAAAGAACCUUCUGUUGGUUGAAGGAGAAAAUGCAGCACUUGGAACGGUCUACAAUCGACCUUUUCGGACAGUUCAUCGGAAUAACUUCUACUCGGAAAAUGUUGCGCUUAAACUCAACAAUCAUUUUAAUAUUUUUACGAUAACAAAACGAUACCCUUCAAGUGUUAUUUAUCUCUAUUCCUUUGAUGGAGUGGCUGGAUAUGCUGGUCAUGCUUGGUCAGAAACAAGGAAUUACUUUCCCUCUCAUUUUCGAGGAGAUUUCGGGGCUGGUGGCUUUGAUCAUCUUAUAACAGCAUUUCCUGACAUCGAAGGAAUCAUUUUUGCAACUCAAUACUGGCGGUCUUUUACACAAAAAACUCUUCGUGAAAACGCUCGAAAGAUUCAAAACAAGUCCAAGGCGAAAAAUGCCAUUCUCCUUAUUGGCGACGGGAUGGGAGUUCCAUCCGUGACCGCCGGACGAAUUUUGGACAACGGCGAGGCGCAUGUUUCUCAAAUGGACUCGUUGGACUAUUCUGGUUUGAUAAAAACGUACAAUGUCGAUCAGCAGACACCGGAUUCUGCUGGAACUGCUACUGCGUAUCUUUGCGGAGUCAAGGGAAGAGCGGGAACCCUUGGGGUGAAUGCGGCCGUGGCGCGUAGGGACUGCAGUAAUGUGAACGAAAAUCAGCUCGAGAGCGUUCUCGAAAAGGCGAAGAGAGCAGGGAAAUCAGUAGGAAUCGUAACUACAACUUACAUGCAGCAUGCUUCUCCAGGAGCUGCUUAUUCCAAAAUCGCGCAUCGAAGCUGGUACUCUGAUAAGAAAAUGGCUGAGGACUCAGAUCUUAUCAAUGGAGACUGCGAUGAUAUCUCCUUGCAACUCUACAAUGCAUCACCAAAUAUCGACGUCAUCUUUGGAGGAGGAAAGCGAUACUUGGAGGACCGAAACGACGGUAGAAAUUUCACGCAAGAUUGGAUUAAUGAUGAAAGCGUCAAUAUUGUUUUUGAUAAAGAUCAAUUAGAUCAAGUUGACCUCGAUGACGGAAGGAAACUCAUUGGCUUUUUUGCCAGCGGGCAUUUGGAGUAUGAUCUUGACCGUGUUUCGAAAACAAAUCAACCCUCUCUUGAAAAGAUGACAGAAAUUGCGAUCAAGAAGCUGAGCAAGAACCCAAACGGAUUCUAUCUUUUCGUCGAGGGUGGAAAAAUUGACCAUGGUCAUCAUAAAGCCUCUCCAUUUCUUGCGCUGCAUGAAUGGGUUGCCUUCGAUAGAGUCUCCGCUGAUCAUUCUCAUGUCUUCUCUUUUGGAGGCUACGCUCCUCGUGGAGCCAGUCUCUUCGGCCUUGGAGCGGAUUUUGUCGACACUUAUGACAACGAAUCUGUCUUUGUUAUCGGCUACGGAAACGGUCCGGGAUUUGACGACUACCUACAAACAAAUUCCAGCAGCCAAUGCGAACGGAAACCUCCUUCAACAAUGACGGCGGACUUCACUGUUGGAGUAGAUGGAAGAAUUCCAGAUAUUGAGCGAACAUGGCCAACAGCUCAGGAGACCGAUUCUGAAACGCAUGGUGGAGAAGAUGUGCCAAUUUUCGCGGCUGGUCCUUGGGCUCAUCUUCUUACAGGAGUAAACGAGCAGACUUUGGUUGCAGAGGUCGCUGAAUUUGCCAUGUGCGUCGGUAACUACCAGGAAGAAGAGCACUGUAAAUCUGAAGGGCAAAUUGCUCAAGCUUCCGUCCUUUGCUUCUUGAUUUUAUCUUAUUUCUAUUAA